AUGUGUGGAAUUUUCGCAUACAUUAAUCAUCUAACGCCUAAGAGCCGGCGAGAGAUAUUAGAAUUACUUGUGAACGGCUUAAAGCGUCUGGAAUAUCGUGGAUACGAUUCGGCUGGUGUUGCCGUGGAUGCGGCUGAUAGAAACGAUAUCGCAGUUGUGAAAAAAAGCGGCAAAGUGGCUGCGCUUGAAGAGUUACUUCAAGAACAAAGUAAAGACCUAGCAGUUGAAGAAUGUGUAGAUUCUCAUUGUGGAAUUGCCCAUACUCGUUGGGCCACUCACGGUGAACCGAGCGCUGUUAACUCGCACCCUCAACGCUCCGGAGAAGAUAAUGCUUUUGUUGUUAUACAUAAUGGCAUCAUCACUAACUACAAAGAAGUGAAGAAAUUCUUAGAAAACAAGGGAUACACAUUUGAAUCUCAGACUGACACUGAAGCUAUUGCAAAGUUGGUUCAUCACAUUUACAACCAACAUAAAGACAACAGCUUCCAGGAAAUUGUAGAACAGGUUAUACAGCAGCUUGAAGGUGCUUUUGCAUUGUGCUUUAAGUCAAGGUAUUUUCCUAAUGAAUGUGUAGCAACAAGAAGAGGAAGCCCUUUGCUGGUUGGUAUCAAAACAAGGCGUCGCCUUUCUAGUGACCAUGUACCUAUUAUGUACAAUAACAAUAAAGCCACACGUGGUGUGGUACCUUCCCUACCCCGUGUUAAUAGUCAUGCCCACUUUCAACCAGAGGAGGAAAAAGAUGUUGAAUAUUUCUUUGCCUCUGAUGCCUCUGCUGUUAUUGAACAUACUAACAGGGUACUUUAUUUCGAAGACGAUGAUGUGGCUCAUGUUAAGGAAGGUGUACUUAGCAUCCACAGGAAGUCUGGCAGCAGCACUGAUCCUCAUGAACGUGAGAUUUUUACACUUAAAUUGGAAUUACAACAGAUUAUGAAAGGAAAUUAUGAUUAUUUCAUGCAAAAAGAAAUUUUUGAGCAGUCAGAGUCAAUUGUAAACACAAUGAGAGGACGUUUGAACUUUGCUGAUGGAGCUGUUACUCUUGGUGGUAUUAAAGAUUAUAUACCUGAAAUUAAACGAUGCAGAAGAUUAAUGCUGAUUGGUUGUGGAACUAGUUACCAUAGUGCUGUGGCAACCCGUCAGUUAUUAGAAGAGUUAACAGAACUUCCUGUUAUGGUGGAAUUAGCAUCUGAUUUUCUAGACAGAAAUACCCCAGUUUUUCGGGAUGAUGUGUGCUUCUUUAUCUCCCAAUCUGGAGAAACUGCUGAUACAUUGAUGGCGUUAAGAUACUGCAAGCGGCACGGGGCCCUGAUUGUCGGAAUAACAAACACAGUAGGAAGUUCAAUCUGUCGCGAGUCCCACUGUGGUGUGCAUAUUAAUGCUGGUCCUGAAAUUGGUGUUGCAUCUACAAAAGCGUACACAUCGCAAUUCGUGUCCUUAGUAAUGUUUGCUCUGGUCAUUAGUGAAGAUCGAAUUUCACUCCAAAAACGUCGGGCUGAUAUCAUUGCGGGGUUGCACGAGUUGGACAAGAAAAUUCAACAAGUUCUAGCAUUGGACGAGCAAGUCAAAGCGUUGGCGGAGGAUCUCUAUCGCCAACGUUCCCUAUUGAUAAUGGGUCGCGGUUAUAAUUUCGCUACUUGUCUAGAAGGAGCUUUGAAAGUCAAAGAGUUAACAUACAUGCACAGCGAGGGAAUAAUGGCAGGAGAAUUGAAACACGGGCCACUAGCUCUUAUUGAUGAUUCAAUGCCAGUUAUGAUGAUCGUUAUGAGAGACCCAGUUUACACAAAAUGUAUGAAUGCACUGCAACAAGUCACCGCGCGUCAAGGACGCCCGAUCGUCGUCUGCGAAGAAGGUGACUCUGAGACAAUGAGUUUGGCGUCCCGUGUGCUGGAAGUUCCAAAGACAGUUGACUGUCUACAAGGAGUUUUGACAGUUAUUCCCAUGCAAUUAUUAGCGUAUCACAUAGCUGUUUUGAGAGGGUGCAAUGUUGAUUGUCCUAGAAAUCUAGCUAAAUCCGUCACAGUUGAAUGA